AUGGAUGAAGAGAUGAAGCAAGCAAUACGGUCCAAUCUUCAGGAGUUGGACCAACUUGUUCGCACUGCUGGUAAUAUUCGAGAGGUCAUUCCGUCACAUCACAAAGUUUUGGCUGUUAUCAUUAAUCGGACUGUCCAGAUUGAACAGCAGCGUGUUAACGCUUCAAGGUCGACGACCACCGUCCGUAAAUUUGCCUCCCGGACAGGCCAUCACCUUUCAUAUACUCUUGACAGAUUGACCGAUCAACUAUGGCCUGACUUAAGCAAGGAGGAGUGGUUGAAUAAGAGGGAAUGGCUGUCUAGUUAUUCUCUUGGUGGCGCAAAAUGGGAGCUAAUUGAAGACGUUGAGAUGAUUCUGUCCCUAAUCCAGUGCCCUAUCAAAAGUUAUGAAGAGCAUGGGUGGAAGACAACUAAGAUCCAAGCUCUGAAUGCAUUUAUAAGAACCCUCCGUCAGUUCAAGAUCAAGGAAGACCUCCGGAGUGCCCUGGAUUCGAUAAUUGCCUACUACUGCAGUCAGGAAAAUCACCAAACGGAGCAGCAAGCGCACCCAGCAUUAAUUACCAUUAUCCCUGCAAAGUCUCAUCGCAAGAAGCGUAAACGUGCGAAUGAACCCCAAGGUUCGAAAGACAAUUCUACAGCUGAUACACAAGAUACGCACAUCGUGAGAGACAUAUUAUCGAAUCCGUCCUCAUCUUUUCCGUUUUAG